AAAUCACUCCAGCCCCGCCAAAUAACAUACUAGUAACUCUACCACAUUACUGGCUAGCUUUAAAUUUUAGGGAUUGACAGGCUUUUCCUUUUUUUAGGCCAUUCAGUCGUUAUGGCUGAGUUGAGUUAACUAUCUUUAUACUGACCGUUGCUAAUAUUCAAGUCUUCCGACGUACCCAGAGGGGUAUAUCACCGAGACCGAUAAAUGCGAUCCGUUACUACUAUCUAACUACCAAGUUAGUUAUGACCGCGGAACCUAGCUAGCAUUUCUUGUCUAUGGUGCUCGAGAACUGCCUAUCGCGCAAACAGGAUAAUCCGUAGCACGACGCAAUGUCCUAUACCGAGAUUCUUCAAACUCAGCUUACGCGAUGUGUCGUCCCUUAAAUCAACCGGUGCGGUGCUUGUACCGACAUCAACAGCGACGACAGCAACAUUAUUGUCGACCAACAAUUACCUUUCAAAAUCGCCGCUUCCCAGCUCUUGGGAUUCAUGCUAUUCCCAACUCGAGACCUUCAACGGUAUCUACGGACUCCAAGUCAGACGAGCUGGUGUCAGACAUCGUCAGAGGACGAUUGGACCAUGGUGUCCAGGUUGACCAGCACGGACAGCUGGAGAUCGUCUCCGAAGAAGUCAGUCGCCAGCCGCACAAGACUGCAUUGAUUCUGUCGCGAGCGAGCAAGUCUUUGGAGCUAUAUGACUUCAUUCGAUUGCUAAACCACAGGGUGGCUGCUAAAGGAAAUCUUGAUUUGGAAGGACCUGAGGAAGUUUUCCCGCUGCGUCACCACCGAACACUACAGAAACGAGAUACUUGGAUCCUCACUUUCGCAACACCAGCACAAGCUAGGGAAUACCAGAAAGAAGCAUCUGAGCUUCGCCAUCUUGCCGCGCGCUUCAUGUCCGAUCCAUCAUCUGGCGUGAGAACACCUCACCAUCUAGGUCAACAUGGGCCGCGACCAUACGAUUAUACCCUCACAUCGCCUUUCCAGAGCCUCUCCCUCGUAGCACAGCUGGCCCCGUUUGACUUCAAGUUACAGCGCGGUAUGAACACCCAAACGAAACUGACUCAGGAGAGACAUCCGGGCCGAAAGACGUUCCCAGUGAGACUCUGGACUGGCCAGUUCAGCGGCCAGCUGAGUACAAGGACCAUUAAGAACUUCCUAGAGCUGGACGGCCAAGCCCGUGGCAGCCCCUGGAGAAUAUCAGAGGGAGAAGAUGCAGUCAUACGAUUAGCACACUAUUUUACUUCAGGAAUUUCACGAAACAACCUCGAUGAGGAUAGCGAGUCGCAUAUCUCAGGCUCUAUAGGGAAUUGGUGCAUUGGGUUCCAGUGCGCAUCGGAUGCCAGGCGUUUUGUCCGUGUCUGGCACAGAAAACACUUCCCUGAACGUCUCGUUGGUUCCUCGCAGGUAACUAUCAAGGCCGAAUGUUUAUUUUGAGUGCUACUCGUACCCAUAACGAUACACUUUUGACUUUUCAGUCACAGUAUUAUAAACCAGGUUCCGUUCAAUAUUAUGUUUCUUCUUCCUCUUAAAUGCUCCCGUAUCCCAUGCAAAUGUACACCAUGGCGUUAUUUAUACUUUGCGUACGAGUUUCAUUUGCUACAAAGAUGAGUGUGGCUUAUAGUCAAGGCCAGCUCCAGUUUGCAUUGCUUUACCUCGGGAUAGUCGGACUACCAACGGCAAAUCAUCCAUAGAUACAGUGACCUAGUCGGUGUUAUCCGCUUCUUGGG